AUGCCCGCCACCAACGGUACUUCGUCGGGGACUUUCCUCUUCACCUCCGAGUCGGUCGGUGAGGGUCACCCUGACAAGAUGGCUGACCAGAUUUCCGAUGCCGUUCUCGACGCCUGCUUGGCCGAGGACCCCCUCUCCAAGGUUGCCUGCGAAACCGCAACCAAGACUGGUAUGGUCAUGGUCUUCGGCGAGAUCACCACCAAGGCCCGUCUGGACUACCAGAAGAUUAUCCGUGAUGCCGUCAAGGACAUUGGAUACGACGACUCCGAGAAGGGCUUCGACUACAAGACCUGCAAUGUCCUGGUCGCCAUUGAGCAGCAGUCCCCAGAUAUUGCCCAGGGUCUGCACUACGACGAGGCCCUCGAGAAGCUCGGUGCCGGUGACCAGGGUAUCAUGUUCGGCUAUGCCACCGACGAGACCCCUGAGCUCCUCCCUCUCACUCUCCUGCUUUCCCACAAGCUUAACCGCGCCCUGAAGGACGGCCGUCUUGAUGGAACCCUCCCCUGGGUCCGUCCCGAUACCAAGACCCAGGUUACCAUCGAGUAUGCCCACGACAACGGUGCCGUCAAGCCCCUGCGUGUCGACACCGUCGUCAUCUCUGCCCAGCACAGCCCCGACGUCACCACUGAGACUGUCCGCAAGGAGCUCCUCGAGAAGGUCAUCAAGAAGACCAUCCCCGCCAACCUCUUGGACGACAAGACCGUCUUCCACCUCCAGCCCUCGGGUCUCUUCAUCAUCGGUGGUCCCCAGGGUGACGCCGGUCUGACCGGACGUAAGAUCAUCGUCGACACCUACGGUGGUUGGGGUGCUCACGGUGGUGGUGCUUUCUCCGGAAAGGACUACUCCAAGGUCGACCGAUCGGCCGCCUACGUUGCUCGCUGGAUCGCCAAGUCUCUCGUCAACGCCAAGCUGGCUCGCCGUGCUCUUGUCCAGCUGUCGUACGCCAUUGGUGUCGCUGAGCCCCUCUCCAUCUUCGUCGAGACCUACGGCACCUCCGACAAGACCUCGGACGAGCUGGUCCAGAUCAUCAAGGCCAACUUCGACCUCCGCCCCGGUGUGAUUGUGCGCGAGCUCGACCUUGCGAAGCCCAUCUACUUCCAGACCGCCAAGAACGGCCACUUCACCAACCAAGACUUCUCGUGGGAGAAGCCCAAGACCCUCACCCUCUAA